GACUAGCCGAUCCUUACGGCGUCAUCCUGAGGAGUCACUCCUGUCCACGAAUUUUUCAACCUCCGCACACGAAAAUCUAAAAGGGUCAAUCAUGAGGCGAUUGAUUACUAUUUUGUCGACGAUUUCGGCGGUCUUCGGUUCAUUACCUGUGUCCGAAGAUAAUAUCCUGCACAUCGGCGGGAUUUUUCCGAUCGGGGGUGAAGGGGGGUGGCAGGGAGGCCAGGCUUGCAUGCCAGCAGCUAAUCUCGCCUUGGAAGACGUUAAUAAGGCGAAGGACCUGCUCCCGGGAUUUGAAUUAAAGCUGCACUCUAAUGACAGCGAGUGCGAACCCGGUCUAGGUGCAUCUGUGAUGUACAAUCUGCUCUACAAUGCACCCCAGAAGUUGAUGCUGUUGGCAGGAUGUAGUACUGUUUGUACAACUGUUGCAGAAGCUUCUAAAAUGUGGAAUUUGGUGGUUCUGUGCUAUGGGGCGUCUUCUCCUGCAUUAUCCGAUAGAAAUCGUUUUCCCACACUUUUUCGAACUCAUCCAUCAGCGACUGUUCAUAAUCCAACUAGAAUAAAAUUAAUGCAGAAAUUCGGAUGGUCUAGAGUUGCUAUUUUACAACAGGCGGAGGAAGUGUUCAUAUCGACUGUAGAAGACUUGGAGGCGCGUUGCAAAGAGGCUGGCAUUGAGAUUGUGACGCGUCAGAGUUUUCUGUCAGAUCCAGCGGAUGCUGUGAGAAAUCUCCGUCGUCAAGAUGCCAGGAUAAUCAUCGGCCUCUUCUACGUGGUAGCGGCACGUCGAGUUCUCUGUGAAGUUUAUCAUCAAAACCUCUACGGGAAAAGCUACGUGUGGUUUUUCAUAGGAUGGUAUGAGGACAAUUGGUUUGAGAUAAAUCUUGAUAAGGAGGGAAUUACCUGCUCGAAGGAGCAGAUGAGGAUGGCUGCCGAGGGACAUCUCACCACUGAGGCUUUAAUGUGGAAUCAGAAUAAUGACACGACAAUCAGUGGAAUGACAUCCGAGGACUUCCGACAGAGGCUCAAUCAGCUCCUGAAGGAGGACGGCUACGACAUCGAUGGAAAUCGCUAUCCUGAGGGCUACCAGGAAGCUCCACUGGCCUAUGAUGCUGUCUGGUCUGUUGCACUAGCUUUUAAUAAAACAAUGGAAAAACUUGCGAAAUCCGGAAAAAGUCUGAAGAAUUUCACGUACACCGAGAAGGAGAUAGCGGAUGAAAUUUAUUCAGCAAUAAAUUCCACUCAGUUCCUGGGGGUUUCGGGGUACGUGGCGUUCAGCUCUCAGGGCGACAGGAUAGCAUUAACCCAGAUAGAACAAGUGAUCGAUGGCAAGUACGUGAAAUUGGGUUACUACGAUACCCAGAUGGAUAAUUUAACCUGGAAGAACAUGGAGCGCUGGAUCGGUGGUAAAAUUCCCCAGGACCGGACGAUCGUCAGACGAGUCCUCAGAACGGUCUCAUUACCCCUCUUCAUCUGCAUGUGCGCCAUUUCAGCUCUAGGAAUAACAAUCGCCAUUUUAUUAAUAAUUUUUAAUAUAUGGAAUCGCCACAGAAGGGUAAUCCUCUCGUCUCAUCCUGUUUGCAAUACGAUAAUGCUGGCGGGUGUUAUCGGGUGUUUCGUAUCAGUAUUUUUACUGGGAAUUGAUGGACGAUUCGUCGAGCCCUGGGAAUACGCUGGUAUUUGUCAAGGAAGGGCUUGGGUCCUCUCCAUAGGGUUCACCCUCGCCUUCGGGGCAAUGUUCAGUAAAGUAUGGAGAGUACAUAGACUGACGACUAAAACUAAAGCUGAUCAAGCUAAAUUGUUCAUGGCGAAACAGAAAGUAUCAUCAGUACAAAAAAAUAUUCAACCCUGGAAAUUAUAUACUAUGGUGAGUGCGUUGUUGGCGGUGGAUAUUGUUAUUUUAGGGGCAUGGCAGGGGUUGGAUCCUCUCCAGAGAAAAAUCGAGGUGUUCCAGCUGGAGAUGCCACCCUACGGUGAGGACGACGCCAGGAUCCGUCCGGAGUUGGAGCACUGCGAGAGCGAACACAAUGGUGUCUGGCUUGGUUUAAUCUAUGGGUACAAAGGCGUGGUGUUGGUGUUCGGAUUGUUUCUUGCCUAUGAAACUAGAAGUAUCAAAGUGAAACAGAUCAACGAUUCGCGUUAUGUGGGGAUGUCAAUCUACAAUGUUGUAGUCUUGUGUCUGAUAACAGCUCCAGUGACGAUGGUCAUUGCCAGCCAGCAGGAUGCGAGCUUCACUUUUGUAGCUCUCGCCAUAAUAUUCUGCUGCUUCCUCAGCAUGGCUCUCAUAUUUGUGCCUAAAGUCAUCGAAGUCAUCAGGCACCCCAAGGAUAAAGCUGAGUCCAAGUACAAUCCAGACGUCGGAAUGUCUAAAGAGGAUGAGGAGAGGUACCAGAAGCUCGUCGUCGAGAACGAUGAAUUGCAGAAGCUCAUUGCUCAGAAAGAAGAAAAGAUUAAAGUAUUAAAGCAGCGUCUAGCCGAACGAGAUGCUGCACGAGGAGGCGCAGGUCAUGUACCUAAGGAUUCACUGAUUGUUGCCGAUUUUGUAACAGGCGAGGGAACAUCGGAUAGUGCAAUUGGUGGGGGUAUAUCCGUUUAUACGAGAUCUUCACGUGCAUCUGUAUCCGAUUUUGAGUUUUCCGAGUCAUAUCUGUGAAUUCCUGUCAUUCUAUUUUUUACCUAACAUUUAUACCUACGAGUCAGCCUACAAUCCUGAAAUCAAUUUUCAUUUUCAAAUUGAUUACACGAACUGCACAAAAUUUAUUAGUAAUAAUUUACAAUCCUCUUUAACCGACAGUACAAAAUGGAGCGGUUGAAAUCGAAAAAAAUUAUUUACGGAUUCACAGAAAUUUUUGGUGCAUCAAUUAAUUAAAUUAAUUAUCUAUUUUUUUUUUGUGUCAAUGCUAUUUGUUGGCGUAUUCGACUGCGAUUAUCAAAAUAGUUUUCAAGAAAUGUGGAAUCAAACUAAAUCGGCCUAAUCUUCGGAAAUUAUUUUAAAUAGAAAUUCUUAGUGACUGCACACCCGUGGGAAGGAAUUAAAUCGAAAAUCUUGCACUUUCUACAGAAAAUUCUAUUGGAACUCUAAAAAAUUUCAAAAUAGAAAUGAG